AUGCUGUGGACUCUCCUGUUCAGCUGCAGCUUGUAUCUGCACGGUGCUCUGGUUUCUGCUCAAGGAGUAUCCAGAGAUGGAGAGAUUAUCAAACAGAUUAAAGGCACAAACCAGGAGCUUGCUGAAAUCAAAGAACUGCUGAAACAACAGAUACAGGAAGUUGUUUUCCUGAAGAACACAGUUAUGGAGUGUGAAGCCUGUGGCAUGAGACCAGUAGAUCCUAUAGAGCCGUCAUGUGUUCCCGACCCCUGCCAUGUUGGUGUGGAAUGCAUAAUGACUCCCAGCGGUGUGAAGUGUGGUCCGUGUCCAGAGGGCAUGACAGGAAAUGGAACUCACUGUACAGAUGUUGAUGAGUGUGCUGUAAUGCCAUGUCACAUGGGGGUGAGAUGCAUUAACACGUCACCUGGUUUUCGCUGUGGCCCCUGUCCUGCUGGGUACAUGGGCCCCCAGGUGCAGGGGGUGGGACUUGCCUAUGCAUCUGCCAAUAAACAGGUGUGCAAAGACAUUAAUGAGUGUGAGAACUCAAAUGGAGGCUGCGUGGAGAACUCCAACUGUAUCAACACACCAGGCUCUUUUCGCUGUGGCCACUGCAAGACUGGUUUUGUUGGGGAUCAGGUGAAAGACUGCAAACCUGAGCGGGCCUGUGGUAAUGGUCAGCCCAAUCCUUGCCAUGCCAGUGCAGAAUGCAUUGUUCACCGUGAUGGACAGAUUGAAUGCGCAUGUGGAGUUGGAUGGGCUGGGAAUGGAUACUUAUGUGGAACGGACACUGAUAUUGAUGGCUUCCCUGAUGAAAAACUGAAAUGUUUGGAAAGAAACUGUGCAAAGGACAACUGCCUCACCGUUCCAAACUCUGGCCAAGAGGACGCAGACAAGGAUAGAAUCGGUGAUGCAUGUGAUGAUGAUGCAGAUGGAGAUGGGAUACUAAACACAGAGGACAACUGUGUGCUAGUCCCCAACGUCAAUCAGAAGAACAUUGAUCAGGAUGAUUAUGGAGAUGCUUGUGAUAAUUGCCGUCAGGUAAAAAACAACGACCAGAAGGACACCGAUAGCGAUGGUCAGGGUGAUGAAUGUGAUGAUGACAUUGAUGGGGAUGGAAUCAAAAACGAUAAAGAUAAUUGCAAAAAGGUGCCAAACCGUGACCAGAAAGAUAGAGACGGUGAUAAUGUUGGUGAUGCUUGCGACAGCUGUCCCUACGUCCGCAACCCUGAUCAGAUGGAUGUGGAUAAUGACUUGAUUGGCGAUCCUUGUGACACCAACAAAGAUAGUGAUGGAGAUGGGCAUCAGGACUCUCGAGACAACUGUCCUGCAGUUAUCAACAGCUCCCAGCUGGACACGGACAAGGAUGGCAUUGGAGAUGAAUGUGAUGAUGAUGAUGACAACGAUGGCAUUCCCGAUCUCCUUCCACCCGGUCCGGACAACUGCCGUCUGGUUCCAAACCCACUGCAGGAGGACUUAGAUGGUGAUGGGAUUGGCAACGUUUGUGAGAAUGACUUUGACAAUGACACAUUUAGUGACAUCAUUGAUGUUUGUCCUGAGAACACUGAGGUGACUCUCACUGACUUCAGAACCUAUCAGACUGUGGUUCUGGAUCCAGAAGGAGAUGCGCAGAUCGAUCCAAACUGGGUGGUGCUCAAUCAGGGAAGAGAGAUUGUUCAGACCAUGAACAGUGAUCCUGGACUGGCUGUAGGCUACACGGCAUUCAAUGGUGUGGACUUUGAAGGGACGUUUCAUGUGAAUACUGAGACGGAUGAUGACUAUGCAGGCUUUAUCUUUGGCUAUCAGGACAGCUCCAGCUUCUAUGUGGUGAUGUGGAAGCAAGUGGAGCAGAUAUAUUGGCAAGCCAAUCCUUUCCGAGCUGUAGCUGAGCCUGGCAUCCAGCUGAAGGCAGUGAAAUCCGACACGGGACCCGGAGAAAACCUGCGGAAUUCACUCUGGCACACAGGUGACUCGACAAACCAGGUGAAACUCUUGUGGAAAGAUUCCAGAAAUGUUGGCUGGAAAGACAAGACCUCCUACCGCUGGUUCCUGCAGCACAGACCCCAAGAAGGCUACAUCAGGGUUCGGUUCUAUGAAGGUCAGCAGAUGGUAGCAGAUACAGGAAUUAUCAUCGACACAACCAUGAGAGGAGGCAGACUGGGAGUAUUUUGCUUCUCCCAGGAGAACAUCAUCUGGGCCAACCUGCGCUACAGAUGCAACGAUACAAUCCCUGAGGACUUUGAGACAUUCAGAAGCCAGCAAAUCCAGCUUUUUUGAACCCAAUCUCAACAGUUAUUUUUUACAAGAUUAAUGAAUGUGAGUUGUAUAUUUCUGUCAUGUGUGUCAUAUUAUAUACUCCAUUUUUUAUACUUUGUGAACAGUAGAGCUUUAAGUAACCCCCUAAUGACAGACAUAAAUUGAUGACACUGCAUUAGCACUGAGAAUUUAAAUAUAUAUAUAUAUGUAUUUUAAAAACACGUACAGAAAUACAGGUUACAAAAUAUAAAUGAUAUAACAAGAAGGCUCUGAUAUAUGCAGCUGAGACAUCAUGCACAUCCAUAUUUAGCUUCUUUUUUUUCUGAGAAAGGAAAAGGACCAGCAAAACGACAAAGACGAAAUCAGUUCCUUCUACAAUCAGUUACCACAAAUAGGAGACAAAGAUGACCACACCAGCACAGCGACUAUAGAACUGG